AUGCCUGACAAGUGGGGCCUCAGGCCUGUUAAAAGACCUAGGAAUGAUUCCGAACAACCGACAGCGGUGCCCCUGAGCAAUCGGUAUGAAGUUCUACAGAACAGUGAUGAGUGUGAUAAGAAUAAUAUCAAUCAGGAUGAGAAAAUGGAUGAGAAUCAGGAUGUAGCAGAGAAAGUGCAGGAAGAGAAGUGCAACACAAUCUCUGGAAAGAAGAAAAAGGUGCCACCUAUAAUCAUCUCGCAUGAGCUGGAUGAUUACUCAGGAUUUGUCGCAACUCUAAAAUCCUUCAUAAAAGGGGACCCAAAACUUCACUAUUCCCCGAAAAGUUUGGCUAUUUAUGCAGAGAAUGAAGAAGAUUAUUCGACACUAAUAAAUGAACUGGACAUAGCAAAGUGUGAUUAUCAUACGUAUCCGACAAAGGAGAUGAAGACGAAGAGAAUGGUGCUCAAGAGACUCCCGAACAUACCGAGCAAGGAACUUGAGGAUGACUUAGACCGCCAGGGAGUUAAAUGUCACAAAAUAACAAUACUGAAGACUAAGACUAAAGGCGAGCUUCCCACAGAUCAACCUAUUUACCUAAUAGACUUUCCGCACCACACGGAUCUUAAAAAAGUAGAGGAUAUCCGCUACCGAUGUCAGCGAUUUGGACAUGGGACUACAUACUGCAGAAGCACUCCCAGAUGCGUUAAGUGCGAUGAAGACCAUCUAACAGCUACAUGCAAGAAGACUAAGGAAAUUCCUCCUAAAUGCAUUUUUUAG